AUGCAUUUCCUCAAAUACGUCACACUUUUCACCAGCGCAGCAGCCGCGACUGGCUUCACUGUCCCAGAAGAUCAAGCCGAUGGUGUCUACGCAGUUGUCUACGACAACAAUGGCGAGGCAGUCUUAAACCAACUUCGAGGCCCAGCAACAGAGAUCGAGCUAGUCGAAAGCAAACACCGAUCUCUAGCUCGGCCCCUCACGGAGCGGGAUAUCGUCCAACAAAAAUACGAUUGUGCGAGCCCGAUCCUCGAUCUUAACCCGGGUGACACCGAUUCAGCCGUGGCAGCUUUGGAAAGACAAUGCAACCCGGGUGCAGUCGGCAAAGACUUGGACUUCUACUCCAAGGCCGGAAACACCGUGGCCUUUUUUUGCAACUUUGGUAGCGCGGCUACCAACUGCCUGGCAAACGAGAUUGGGGAUCAAUUGUUUCAAAUUACUUUACGCUGUGGUCGUUACCGUGCUGGUUGGUGGACUAUGCAAGAUAAAGACCGUUGGGUCUCUCUCGGUUAUGAUGCGGCAAACUCUCACUUCUGCGGGCGCCACUGA